GUUUUAAAUACUGAAAAGAAACCAAGAAUUCAAAUAGUUAAAAAAAAAAAAUAGAAAAAAGAAAAAACUGGCAUAAUCCCUACCAAUAUUCAUGAAAAUUCUAGGCAACUUGUCUUAGCUUCCAAUCUUCUGCCUCUUGCCCUCUAUUUAUACAAUCUUCAAUGGGUCCUUUUGGAAACAACUGAAGAAGAAGAUUAAGAAAAAAAGAAAAUGCAAACUUGUCAAGUAAUAGUGGUGGUAGCAUUGAGUUAUGCAAUUUUAGUUGGAGGAGAAUUAGGGUAUGGCCAGUUGAGUCCAACAUUUUAUGACGAGACCUGCCCAUAUGUGUCUUGCAUCGUACGUGAGACCCUUAAGCAGGCUUUGAUUUCUGAUCCAAGGAUUGGUGCCAGCCUCAUUAGGCUUCACUUCCAUGACUGCUUUGUCAAUGGUUGUGAUGGAUCAAUCUUAUUGGAUAAAACUGAUACUAUAGACACUGAGAAAGAGGCAAUUGCCAACAACAAUUCUGCAAGAGGUUUUGAUGUUAUUGAUACAAUGAAGGCCAGACUGGAGAGUAUUUGUCCUGCUACUGUUUCCUGUGCUGAUAUUCUAACUAUUGCAGCUCAAGAAUCUGUUACUCUGACAGGAGGUCCAUCAUGGACUAAUUUACUUGGGAGAAGAGACAGCAUAACAGCUAAUAGAACUCUGGCUAAUAUGAACAUUCCAGGGCCCUUCGACACCCUUGAAAGGCUAAAAUUCAGGUUCUCUAAUGUUGGCCUCAACAAUGAUACUGAUUUGGUCGCAUUAAGUGGUGCUCACACAUUUGGACGAGCUCAAUGUAGAACAUUCAUCGGCCGUUUAUACAACUUCAACAACACUGGUCUUCCAGAUCCAACACUGGACCCAACUUACCUGGAAACUCUUCGCCAGAUAUGUCCGCAGGGGGGAGAUGGAAGAGUCCUAGCUAAUCUUGAUCCAACAACACCUGAUACUUUUGACAAAAACUAUUUCUCCAAUCUUCAAGUUAACAAGGGCCUUCUUCAAAGUGAUCAAGAACUAUUUUCAACUCCUGGUGCUGACACCAUUACCAUUGUUAACAACUUUGGGAAUAACCAAACUGCUUUCUUUGAAGCCUUUGUUGUUUCCAUGAUCAGAAUGGGUAAUCUCAGCCCUCUGACAGGAACUGAUGGUGAGAUCAGGUUGAAUUGCAGGGUUGUUAAUGCACCUCCAGCUGAAGCAGAUAUUCUUCCUGUCAGCUCAAUGUGAUUUCAGUACUAAAUCUACAUUCAGAAAAUUGUAAUAAGCUUGCAUGCAUAUCACUUGUAAUAAAAUGAACUCGACACACACUUGACUAGUAGCUCAGUAGUCGAGUGAUCUAGUAUUAUGUAUGCCAGAUUCUUAUCUAUCAAUUCAAAAUAGAAAAAGAAAACAAAAAUAGUGUGAUA